UGUCGGUCAGUCUGUCGUUAGUCUGUUUCCCAACUUCUUCGUAAUAACAAUAAUAUUCUCUCUGUGUUCCUCGAAGGAAGGAAGGUCUGUCUUGAAGAGAUCGAUCCGCGAAUGCAAAUGCAAGUGACCCUUAGUUCCCUGUGUGCCUCAUCCGUCCGACGACCGUUUUGACGACAAUAGUGGAGAAUACAACCGAAACGUGAUAGAGAGAGGGCGUGGAAUCCGUUUUGGUGAAGUGCUCGUACAGGUGACGCAGUUCUUUGUGUUGUGGAAUUUCACUCGACGACGGGAGGAGGUGAAAUUCCAGAACUUGCUGCAGCGGUAAUUGGAUUAUCGUUCGGAUUCAGUGUUUUUGGUGAACUGCAACUUUGUUGCUUUGGGUGAGGUUCUGUAAAAGUAAAAAAUUUAAAAAAACGAAAGUGUCGGUGGUCUACCCCUGGGAACGGGGUGAAGAAAUCGCGUGAGUGCGCUGUGUUUUUCAGGUGCUCUCAGCGGGACCGACGUUUUUCGAUUAUACUGGCUUCCACACAGCACUCGGGGCAAGUGGCAUUAUGUAAAUUUAUCCAGCCCAUAAAUCGGAGUGAAGUCGCUUUGAGUAGCUGCUGCUGAAAACAUCUGUGGAAGGUGCCCCGAGAGACUGGAGAAGAAAUUGCUCGCUACGAACCGCUGCACGGCUCUGGGGAGACACGAUUGGCCGUCGAUCAGCAGCACUAUGCGCCCGUUCCCACUAUGAUAGCAGCUGGAACGAGGCGAGCUGGACAGAAAAUGUCCAAACAGCAGGGCAAAUAUGAGCUGCUUAAGGAGGAUACUAGUUUAAGGAAAAAACACACCUACAUUCAAGGAUGCCUUCUGCUGGCCUUAGCCGCGCUGUCCAGUGUGGCAGUAUACGCGACCUGGACGAUGAUCUACCGACAGAAUCUAAUCAUUCCACCGACACUAAUCGACAUUCCAGCCCUGUGGCCCGAACGGCUCCGCCAGUAUGCGGCAAGCUACCGGACAUUCCCUUCACUGCUGGCGGCAGAGCAAAAACAGAGCAACGGCACGAUGUCGCUGAUUUUCCACAACACGCAAUCAGCAGCACCCAAUGACACGGAGGGGACGCCGCCGGCGUCGGUGGCCGGCAUCAAGGAGCUGGAAAAUGAGCGCGUUCUACCGUCUAAAUUCGGUAAUUUCAUUUACUCGAAGGAAGCCUCGAAGGCGGCUGGUGGCAUCCGGGAGGUGCGCAAGAUUGUCUGCUACUAUACCACCCCUUCGAUGGUUAGCACCGGUGGCAGGAGGGGUGGACGGGGUAGAAGUAGAGUGCGAAGCAAUCUCUACCCGGAGCACAUCGAUCCGUACCUGUGCACACAUUUGAAUGUCGGUGUUGUGGACAUUGUCAACGGGACGCUGUACAUCGAUGAUGAUGUGCGGAUGGUUUUAAACCAAACGAAGCAGUUGAAGCGAGUCAACCGGGAGCUGAAGGUACUGCUGUGGGUUGGCGGAGGUGGUAGGGGUGGUUUUACGGAGAUGGUGACUAACCACGCCAGCCGGAAGCUGUUUAUUCAGUCACUCAAAGCUACACUUGAGUUGUUCCAGCUGGAUGGGGUCGAUCUGGACUGGGAGUUUCCCGGUAGUGGGGGGAAAAAUCGGAUGCAUUUUUCCCAGCUUCUGCACGAGAUCCGCCGGGAGUACCAGCGGGAACAUCGCACCUAUAUACUGAGUGUGGCGGUCGCCGCGCCCGAGACGAUCGCCUACAUGUCGUACGACGUGGGGGAGAUCAACAGCUAUGCCGAUUAUGUGAACAUCAUGACGUACGAUUAUCACUUUUACGCACCGGAAACGCCGUGGACUGGUUUAAAUGCCCCCUUGUAUCGCCGCCACGAUGAGCACUCGAUCUUCGGUACACUGAACAUCAAUUCUUCCGUCCACUACUGGUUGUCGGCAGGCUUGGAGAAAAGCAAAAUCGUCAUCGGUCUGCCAACCUACGGGCACACCUUCCAGCUGGUGAACGGAUUCAACACCCGAAUCGGUGCUCCCGCAUCGAGCUACGGCAGGGUUGGUAUGAUCGGAUAUGCUUCGUACUCGGAAAUCUGUUGGUUCCGGCGGCACAAUAUCUACGUCCACCAGGUGUACGAUGUGGAAAGCUGUUCGCCCUAUUUGUACGCCGGUGGCGAGUGGAUUUCCUACGAGGACGAGCGCAGUCUGGAGUGCAAGGCGAACUACAUCAAAGAAAAUGGUUUUGGAGGGGCGAUGAUAUUCUCGCUGAACACCGAUGAUUUUGGAGAGUACUGUGCCGAAAGUCUGCUGUACGAUGAGGAGGGUAAUUUUGCCGAAACCAGACCGGAGCACCAGCAGGAGCAGAGCAAUUUUCCGCUCCUUCGGAAGAUCCAUUCCGUGCUGGUUGAUAGCGGGAAUUAGCACUGGGGGAGGGAAGCGAAUGAAACAAUAAUAAGAAUAAUACGACUUAUAAUGGUUAAGCGCAAAACGAUGAUGAGCGAAUAUUUCGCAGAAAUAAAAAGGGGUCUUUUUUAGGAAAAAAGUAUAAAUUACAUUCGAUUGAUAUUAGCUUGAAAGAUGGGGCACGAGAAAGGAAAGGAAACAGUAUAACUAAUGGAUAGAACGGUAUCUAGUCAAGUCGCUUGAUCCGGUGCGAUUUCAUGUGAGUAGGUUUGAAUUCUUAAUUUAAAUAUAUUACAGUAUAAGCGCAAUUAGACAAACAGCAAUUUGAGUUAGGUCGUGAGAGGGUUAGAAGCAUACACACAUUUACAUCUGUUGUUCACAAUUAACAAUUGUCUUCCAAUGAUGCGAAUUUAGGUUAGUUUAGUUAGUGAAAGUUGUUUCAUCGCUUGUUUUUUGGGUCUUGUUUUUUGAUUCUCUUUUCAAAAUUAUCUAUCGUUUAAAAUUGAUGGCUUUUACGAAUAAUCUCUCAAGGAAUGGGCGAAGAUAGAUCAAACUGCAGAACGAACAAAAACUUUCCAUGCAGCUUUUAAACUGGACGGAUUAUUUUUAUACUGAACUUUUAAACGAACAAGCGCCGAUUUCAGAAGCCACGUGUAUUGUGUGCGUAUAAUAUUCGCCUCAAAAGUUUAUUUUGAUAGCAGGUUUCUUGCACGCUGACUAAUGUUUAAAAAAAUCCGCAGUUGAAAUCCGAUUGAAAGCUUACAAAAUGAAACCUAUUAAACCCCGUCCAUUCAUGAAAAUCAGUGAUUAGAGUGAAGGAAGAAGAAAAAAAGUGAACCCAAAUAACUAUUAACAGUUAAUGUAGAUUAAAAACAACUAGUGCCAAAACUGUAAACCGAGCAGAAUCAACCUACCCAAGUUAUGAGACACAACAACAAAACAGUAAAACAUGCAAUUAUGAAAACUUACUACACCACAAUAACACAAUAACAAUAUGAUAGUAACGAUUUUAGAUAGAUAGCGAGACAGAGAGAGAUGAAAUAAACUUGAACAAAAAAAACGGGCAAAGUAUGUAACAGUGCUUCGUCUAGAGGACAGUAGAUAAGCUGCAAAGAUUGUAAUAAUUUCCGCUAAAUAAUUUCAGUAUGGACUACGCUAACUGUUUGAGCUGUA